UCUAUAAACUCAGAGAACGAGCCUCGAAGCCAUCACAUUUGGCCGAAUAAGCGACAUCUACAGUGAGCGGGCACUACAGGCGCGCGGGAACUGCGUACAUCCCCACGCGAUCCUACGUCUGCCGUCAGAAGGAGAGAUAGUUUGCACACUUCGGCAGAGACUCGAGUUUGCGUGAACCAAGUAGAAACAUCGUCAAGACACGGAAGUGCGGCAACACAGCGGGGGGCACGUCGCGUUUACAUCACAGACAAACGGGAUUUGCGGUGAACCUGUUCGUGUCCAGCCCUCGACGAGAACGGCAGAAUGAGGAACAAAAACAAAGAACUGUGUGUGCACAAUAUCCAGAAAACGAAGUUGGAUGACAUUGACGUCUCUGCAGAGUACGACAUCCAGGGCACCCUCGCCGAGGGAAGCUUUGCCAGAAUCCUCCUCGUCAAACAUCGCCGCACCAACACCAAAGUGGUGCUGAAAGCUAUCCACAUGGAACUCACUGCUGAGAGUGACUUCCACAGGGAGUACCAUUACAGCUACUACCUGAGUCCUCAUCCAAACAUCCUAUCCAUCUAUCCUGUGGCAUUCACGACUGAGAACUGUUUCGUGUUUGCGCAGGAAUAUGCCCUACUUGGUGACCUGUCUGGUUCUGUCAAAGCCGGUGGAUUACCAGAAACGUACUGCAAAAAAAUUGCACAACAGUUGGCUUCAGCGGUUGGAUUCCUUCAUUCCUUGAAACUGGUACACCGAGACCUCAAGCUGGAGAACAUCCUGGUAUUUGCAGCCGACAUGUCACUCGUCAAACUCUGUGACUUCGGUGCAACGGUUCGCGAAGGGACAUUAGUCACAAAGCAUCGCUGUACGUGGCAACCGUUUCUACCACCAGAAAUAUGUGAACUUGUAACUAACGAGAAAUACGAGUGUAAAUUGACAUCUGACUGUUGGCAGAUUGGCAUAAUAAUAUUUGUAUGUCUUACCGGAUGUCCUCCAUGGCAAUCAGCCGACAUAUCUGAUGUAGCUUAUUGUAAUUUCAUGCGAUGGCAAAAGAGGAAAACCACGAAAGUGCCACUACAAUUUCGUUCAUUCACAUCCCGUUUUCUGAGGAUGAUAAAACGGUUACUUGAGAGAAAACCAGAAAAAAGAGCGUCUGUAAACGAGAUUAAUAAAUAUCUAAAAGAUAUUUGGAUGGAUCGAAAAACGUCUGCAAGAGCGUCGAGUUGUGGUGCAGACGCCGGGGCGUCUUCCUCAGCUGUUGGGGCUUCCAGGAGAGAAUCAAUCAAUAUGUAUCUUAAUCAGAUGGACGGUAAAACUCAUUUAGCUGAUGAAAGCAAAAACAGACUCAAGAAACUGUUGAGUGCGCACGGCUUAGAAACGACGAUAGACCAAAAGACCAUAACGAAACGCGUCUGGGAAUGGCUUCUCCAAUGUGAUCAUCAGUCAACAACAAAAUUUGAAAAUAUAUGAAGACCGGAGAUGCCUCAAAUGGCGUGUAUUCAAUUUAGAAGUGAAUCUUGUAUCACUUCAGCUGUUGUAAGUGAAGCAGACAACACGUGCCUCAUGAAGGCCCCCCCUACGUUUGGUAGUGCCCCUGGAGGUCUGUUACAUUCUGAUAUCACGUUUACUGGUAACAGUGAACAUCCUGAUCCUUCCUGGUGGGACUGUGAUGACGGGAAUUGAACUGUGAACUUCAGAGUUAUGGGUAUAGUUUGUGUAAAAUAUCACGGACUGCAAAUAUAUUCUCCGAAAGCACCGAAAUUAAAUCUUAUUAAUUCGUUGGCUUGUCAAAAAAAAUAAGCAUGGGUACCAAUAUAUUUUACAUAAUUCUUGAGAAAUUUGUGACCUGUGGGUGGAGGUCGCAGCCCAGAGAUUGUAAAACAACGGAUUAGCCUGCACAGUAUUUAUACAUGUAUGCCUAAUUUUAUUUAUACCUGCAUAUACUAAAACUGCAGUGUAUUCAUGCGUGACUGAGCGAAUUCAUGCAGUACGGUGAAACAUCUGUACCGAGACGAAAUUUGGUGAGAUUUACAUUUUAGCUACAACUGAUCUGGAAACUUAGGACACUUUAACGCUAAUGACAUUGUAAGACGUAUACUGUAUUAAGAUAUUCACAGCGGAGAAUAUAAACAGUACUGAGCUUUAGGGUGUGACACCGUGUAGCCCGGUAUAAGUUCAGAGAUGUUUCAGAGGAACCUACUGACUCCAUAUUCAGGACUGAAGGAUAAUCCAAGCAAGAAAUCUGCAAGUAAUCUCUGUUUGAGUUCUGAUGUUUGUUGAUUACUUGUUUCGCUUAUUCUUCGACCUUCAAUAUUGAGGCAGUAUUCCGAAACGUCGGUAAAUUUUACUGGGACAUGUGGCGUCACAUCCCAGAAGACGGUAAACUUCACUGUAGGAUUUGUGUAAAAUUUAAUUUGAUUUACAGAGUAAAAUUAUAGAAGAGUAUAGGCAGAGGAUAUGAAUUUUAAAAUGAAUACAAUAUAUCGUGAUAGAGUUUCAUAUAUUUAACAGAUGUAUGUGUGUCAAUGACGGAAUGUAUUCUGAAAAUGUAACUGGUAUCAAAAUAUCUUAUUUAUAUAGAAAUAUAAUAGACUGAAGACGAUGUAUUUCCGAAUUUGGAUAUUAGAGUCAUUUGUUUCUUAAAGUGCAGAGUCAUAUUAUCCUUUAGCCAAUCUUUAAUUGAAUGAUCGUCACGUGCUCACGUUUUAUUCUCUUUUCGUGCUUUGAUAUCUUACGAACAGAAAAUUUGAAGAAAAAAAAUUGGAAUAUAAAAUAUUGAAUAAUGUUUGGCACUUAAUUAGAUGAUUUUGAAUUGUAGAUAAUUUUAUGAAUGUUUAUAUAUAAAAUUUGAUGAUAUUUAUCGUUCAGAAUGACAAAAAAAUCAGACUGAUUAAACCUAACUCACAUAACCAAGGUGAAAGUCAUUACUUUAGAAAUCAAGUUUUAGUUGUGAAGACUAGCAUGACACAGAACUUAAUUUCUGACAGAAUUCGAAAAAAAAAAAUUAAACGCAGGAAUGUAAUAUGUACUAUUUAUAAGUGUAUACAAAGAAGCAAAGUUUUAUAGAUCUUAACUUUGUGACCUGUCAACAUUUUUAGUUCAAUCAGGUACAGAAUCUCGACUCUUCUGAAGUUUACUGUGGAACACACAAUUCUAGUACAAAUAUCAUGUAUCUGGACAUUAUCCAUGUCCUGUUUAUAUUGCAGAACACAAAGUUUCAGAGACUGGAUUCUGUCUCCGUUUCUUGUCUUUCUGAAAACGGAGACAUAGUCAAGUUUCUUGUUUUUUUGAAAACGGAGACAUAGUCAAGUUUCUUGUCUUUCUGAAAACGGAGACAUAGUCAAGUUUCUUGUUUUUUUGAAAACGGAGACAUAGUCAAGUUUCUUGUCUUUCUGAAAACGGAGACAUAGUCAAGUUUCUUGUUUUUUGAAAACGGAGACAGAAUCAAGUCUCUUGUUUUUCUGAAAACGGAGACAGAAUCCAGUCUCCGAAACGGUGCGUUU